AUGAUAAAUAAAGAAAGAAACCCAAUAGAGAUUGUGGCCACAAACGUGCUAAAAGCACUCAAGACUUUGCAAAAACCGGUGGUGGCGGCUUUUCUUGUGGGUUUAUUAUUGAUGUGUGAUCCCUUUUCUGCAUUGGCAGCAUCGGGCGGAAGGGUGGGUGGAAGUUCAUUCUCAUCAAGGUCAUCAAUGUCGUCGUCAAGGAGUUAUAGUGUGCCGAGGACGGGGUCGGGUUCUGGUUUCUCAUAUUCUGCGCCGUAUUACGGACCAUCUCCCUUUGGAGGGGUUUAUGUAGGAUCUGCCGUGGGUGGGUCGAGUCUAUUCCUGAUAAUAAUGGGUUUCGCAGUUUUUGUUUUGGCCUCUGGAUUCUUAUCAGACCGGUCUGAGGGCGGUGUGCUCACAGCCACUGAGAAAACAAGUGUGCUCAAGCUGCAGGUUGGGUUGUUGGGCAUGGGGAGAUCACUCCAAACAGAUCUCAACCGAAUAGCUGAAACUGCAGAUACAUCCAGCUCUGAUGGUCUACAUUAUGUAUUGACAGAGACAAUGCUAGCUUUGCUUCGGCAUCCUGAUUAUUGCAUCUCUGCCUAUUCAUCUGUUGACGUGAAAAAGAGUCCCGAGCAAGGAGAAAAAAGAUUCAAUCAACUUUCUAUUGAAGAACGUGGUAAAUUUGAUGAGGAGACGUUCGUUAAUGUGAAUAACAUAAAGAAAAAAAGUACAAGCAGCCAGAGAUCAACUGGUUUUAGCAAUGAAUACAUAGUGAUCACAGUAUUGGUGGCUGCCGAAGGAGUACAUAAACUGCCAUCUAUUAACAACAGUAGAGAUUUGAAGGAAGCCUUACAAAAACUCGGCUCUAUCCCCUCAAGCAGAACACUGGCAGUCGAGGUGUUAUGGACUCCCCAGAACGAAAAUGACACUUUAUCGGAACAAGAAUUGCUUGAAGAUUACCCUUUGUUGCGGCCUCUGUGA